AAUGUAUGACGGCGAUUGCUUGACGAGGCGAGACCGUACCAAGCGCGAGCGGAAGUGAGGAGAAGCACGUUCGCUUUCGCUCGCUCACUCUGCGUCUUGUUCUUCUGAACAGGGGACGAAAGAUGGCAACUUUCGAGGGCGAGGCCGAAAUCUUUCCCUCCUCCCUCGAGCUCCUCCAGCGGCACCGGCCGGCGCGGCCCGACCCGGAUGAGCAGCCGCCGCCGUUCUUUCCCUCUCCGCCGCCCGCCGUCGGCCCGGCCGUGGAAUCUGCGCUCGUGGAGGGUAUGCGGAAUGUGGCCUUGGGGGAGGCGGGAGACGGGACGGGCGAAGAGAAAGACGGGAAUUUCGACGAUCGGGGGCCGAAAUCGCACUACCCUUUUGGGAUUUACGCGCGGGAUUGCCAGUUUUAUCUCCGGAACGGGUGGUGCAAGUUCGGCGCGAAUUGCAGGUUCGGUCACCCUGUCAAGAGGACGGUUUUCGAGGAGAAGCGGGAAAGAGGAGAGUUCUUGGAGCCUACCAAGCAGAUUGAGUGCAAGUAUUACUCGAUUGCUGGAGGGUGCAAGUUUGGAGAAGCUUGCAGAUAUAGCCAUUCCAAAGAAAGAAAUGAAAUCACAGACCAACCACAACUUAAUUUCGUUGGCCUGCCAAUACGAUUGGGAAGAGCAGAGUGCCCCUUCUACAUGCAGCAUGGCACGUGUCGAUAUGGAAUUGAUUGCAGGUUUCACCAUCCUGAUCCUACAACGGUUGGGGACUUCAGUCCUGAUAAGACCUCAGCCAAUCUUGCACCAGUUGGAAGGGAACCGAAGUAUCCUAAGGAGGGUCCUAUGGAAGACUCUGAUUAUCUGAGAUACAAUGGAAUUCUACAGGAAUAUUUAGCAUCCCGGUCUUUGAACACGGCUUCUGGGACCCAGCCUUACUGGGAUAAUGGACUGUCCCAUGUCCCUGGGAUUUCUCAAAGUUCCCAAAAGGCUUUGGCUUAUCCACAAGAAAGGGCAGGGCACAGCAAAGGGCUGCUACCUCCUGAAGAAUACCCUCAACGACCCGGUCAACCUGAGUGUGCUUAUUUCAUGAAGACAGGUUAUUGCAAAUACAGACAUACUUGUAAAUUUCACCAUCCAAAGGAUCGAGUUUCGAUGGUACCCUCCUAUUAUCAAACUGAUAAGGCGCUUCCUUCGAGAUCAGAUAGGAGAACUUGUAGGAAUUAUGCACAGUUUGGGCUCUGUAAAUAUGGAAGCGCUUGCUUGUUCGAUCAUCCAGUUCCAGAAGAUUCUGGCUCCUCUUCUUUUGGAAUAAAUCCUCUUGAAGAUCCACCUGCAUGGUUCUAACUCCCCUGGAUAUGGCAGGGACAUUGGUGCUAUAUCUCUGCAUUUUCCUGGGACUCUGCAAACUACUCAAGCCCCUUGCGCUUUUCUUUUACUUGUUUUAGACUUUGUUGGGAUUAUUUUCACCGAGUUGUGGCAAGCAGUGUUUACGUGGUCAUCGGCUUUUAUCCAGUGAUUCGGAAGUGGAAGCAAGAGUUGGACUGAUCAUUCUUUAGAUUCAAAUGUUUCCCUAUAGAAACUAAACCAGUUUUGGCAUUGUAUGGGCAUAUGAAUGGCCUCAUCAUAAUUCUUGUUUUUACCUGUUAGGAAUAUAAGUCAUAACUUCUUGAAUCUUGGAUCUCUCGGUAAUGGAUGAUUAUCAUUAAGCCACAAAAUAUGAUGAUGAGAAGAAUGAGCCUC